CGCCCCUCCGACGCCGGCGCGCCGCCCGGGAGGCCUGCUACUUCGCAGUGUGAAGGCCUUGGCCGCGCCGGGCCGGGGCGGGUGGGGAGGGUCGCGGCUCGAGUCCUUGCGUCCCCGCCGCCGUCCAGGUGUUUGUCCCACCCCCGCGGGCGCGGCCGUUACGGGCGGCGCGGCCCCGGCGCGCGCGGCGAAUCUGCGUCUCCGAAUCACCGGGCGCAGGGCCUCGCGAGACCUGCGAGGCCUGGGUGGGCGGCUGGGCCUGGGCGGGCGGCUCCGGCGGCUCCGGCGGCGUGGGAGGCUUCGGGCCGGGCACCCGCGGUCGCCGGCAUGACGGGCCGCGUGUGCCGCGGCUGCGGCGGCACGGACAUCGAGCUGGACGCGGCGCGCGGGGACGCGGUGUGCACCGCCUGCGGCUCGGUGCUGGAGGACAACAUCAUCGUGUCCGAGGUGCAGUUCGUGGAGAGCAGUGGCGGCGGCUCCUCGGCCGUGGGCCAGUUCGUGUCCCUGGACGGUGCUGGCAAAACCCCGACUCUGGGCGGCGGCUUCCACGUGAAUCUGGGGAAGGAGUCAAGAGCGCAGACCCUGCAGAACGGGCGGCGCCACAUCCACCACCUGGGGAACCAGCUGCAGCUGAACCAGCACUGCCUGGACACCGCCUUCAACUUCUUCAAGAUGGCUGUGAGCCGGCACCUGACCCGUGGCCGGAAGAUGGCCCACGUGAUCGCUGCCUGCCUCUACCUGGUCUGCCGCACGGAGGGCACGCCGCACAUGCUCCUGGACCUCAGCGACCUGCUCCAGGUGAAUGUGUACGUGCUGGGAAAGACGUUUCUUCUCUUGGCAAGAGAGCUCUGCAUCAAUGCACCGGCCAUAGACCCGUGCCUGUACAUUCCACGCUUUGCGCACCUGCUGGAAUUCGGGGAGAAGAACCAUGAGGUGUCCAUGACGGCCCUGCGGCUCCUGCAGAGAAUGAAGCGGGACUGGAUGCACACAGGCCGGCGCCCCUCGGGCCUCUGUGGAGCAGCCCUCCUCGUUGCAGCCAGAAUGCAUGACUUCAGGAGGACCGUGAAAGAGGUCAUCAGCGUGGUCAAAGUGUGUGAGUCCACACUGCGGAAGAGGCUCACGGAAUUUGAAGACACCCCCACCAGUCAGCUGACCAUUGAUGAGUUCAUGAAAAUUGACUUGGAGGAGGAAUGUGAUCCACCUUCAUACACAGCUGGCCAGAGGAAGCUGCGGAUGAAGCAGCUUGAACAAGUCCUGUCAAAAAAACUGGAGGAGGUUGAAGGUGAAAUAUCCAGUUACCAGGAUGCAAUUGAGAUUGAACUGGAAAGCAGCCGACCAAAGGCCAAGGGGGGCCUGGCCAGCCUGGCAAAAGAUGGCUCUGUCGAGGACACCGCAUCCAGCUUGUGUGGCGAGGAGGACACGGAGGACGAGGAGUUGGAGGCUGCGGCCAGCCACCUGAACAAGGACUUAUACCGGGAGCUCCUGGGUGCCACACCCGGCAGCUCGGAAGCCGCAGGAAGCCCCCAGGGGAGUGGCAGACCCCCGGCCCUGCAGUCCCUGCUGGACCCCCUGCCCACGGCGGCCAGCCUGGGCAUCUCAGACUCCAUCCGAGAAUGUAUCUCCUCCCAGAGCAGCGACCCCAAAGAUGCUUCGGGAGACGGGGAGCUGGACCUCAGCGGCAUCGACGACCUGGAGAUUGACAGGUACAUCCUGAAUGAGUCGGAAGCCCGCGUGAAGGCCGAGCUGUGGAUGAGGGAGAAUGCUGAGUACCUGCGGGAGCAGAGGGAAAAAGAAGCAAGAAUAGCCAAAGAGAAGGAACUCGGCAUUUACAAGGAGCACAAGCCCAAGAAGUCUUGCAAGCGACGGGAGCCAAUCCAGGCCAGCACAGCCAGAGAAGCCAUCGAGAAGAUGCUGGAGCAGAAGAAGAUCUCCAGCAAGAUCAACUACAGCGUGCUGCGGGGCCUCAGCAGCGCCGGUGGGGGCAGCCCGCACAGGGAGGAUGCCCGGCCCCAGCACAGCGGCAGCGCCAGGAAGCUGUCACGAAGGAGGACGCCAGCCAGCACAAGUGCAGCUGACCCUGUGACCAGUAUGGGGAAAAGGUUGAGGCCUCUGGUGUCUACACAGCCAGCAAAGAAGGCAGCCACUGGAGAGGGUUUGCUCCCGAGCUCCCCCGCCCUUGGAGCUGAGCCUGCCAGGCCCCAGGCAGUCCUGGUGGAGAGCGGACCCGUGUCGUACCACGCUGAUGAGGAGGCUGAGGAGGAGGAACCCGACGAGGAGGACGGAGAACUGUGCGUCAGCGCCCUGCAGAUGAUGGGCGGCGAUGACUACGGCUGUGACGUCGACGAGGACGACGGCUACUGAAGCGCAGCCUCCAGGCAGGUGGCGUCCUGGGUGACCUCUCGGGUCUCCUCCGCGUCAGGUGGACCUCCAGGGCCACAGCAGGCAGGCUCUAGUGCCGAGAUUCCUGGUGACAGGUGGCGCCUGCCCCGUGGCCCUCGUCCCACGUGGACCUCUCCAUUGGGAUGGUGUUUCUCUCUGGCAAGGGGAACCCGACCAAGUGUCUGCGUGUGUCUGUUCAACUGUGGGCUGGGCGUUCCCAGAGCUGGGUCCUGCUGCCUGCCAUCGACUCCCCCAAGGAUCCUCGAAGGCUGGCACUGUGGCAUUGCUACUGUAAGGAAACAGCCAAGCAGCCCCACCGCUGGUCCAGGUGCGUGUGGAGGGCUGCGUGUGCUGACUGCAACUCAGGAGCUGCUCUGGAGCCCCCAAGCCCACCCUCCGCACUGUCCCCUCCCGAGCAACACUGCGCCAGCGCCCUCUGCCAGAGAGGAAGCUGGAGCCCUGCUGUGUCCAGCACGGCAGUGGGAGCUGAAGGUUUAGCACUUGAGAGGCGGUAGCUCUCCCCGGCCACGUUGUCUGAAGGUCCUUUGCCUCCAGCUGUGGCCCUGCAUCCAGAUCCCGGCCUCCUCCGAGGCAGACACCCCACCCUGCCUUCUUCAGGCCCUCUCCCCUCCCUACUGCCUGCACCGCCCAGAGAAGCAUGGAGGACAGAAAAGGGGGUCAGACCCUGCUCCAGGCCCACCUGAGUUGUGUGCCCGGGAGCCCCGCAGCUGCCAGCAGGUGAGCUGAGUGCUCCACAGCUGAGACCGGUGUCCCGGCUGCCCUGUGCAUAGCUCUGCAGGUGGUGCGGGCGCAGCCUGCAUAGUGUCCUGGCGCUGGGGGUGCCCUGUGGACAGAGCCAGAGCUGUCCAGAAAGCAGUGGCGUUCCCUGUUGGAGCUGGAUCAGGUCCCCCCCAUCCAGGAGGGGGGCAAGUGGAGGCCUGAGAGCCUCCCAGCGCCAGGUCUUCUCAUGUAAAGGCCCCAGUACCACCCAUAGGAGGUCUCAGCUCUGGGACCUUCUGAAUAUGACUGAGGAGGGGGCUUCACCCUGUGCCCCUAGGAGAGGGUGGCCUUGAGGCAGAGCUGUGCUGCACUGACCCCCGGGGGCCUCAGGCUCCGCAUGGAAUGGGCUGUGUAUCCUGCCUUCACUUGGCCCGAAGCAGGCUAGACCCCCUACCCUUGCCCAGAGCUCAGCAGCCAGCCUGGUUCCUGCCAGAGUGUCUUAAUGGCUCAGGAGAAGACUAGAUUUAGUAAAGCAGAAAACGUGUUACUUGACAGAAA